AUGAAUCGGACAAUCCAUUCACGAGACAUGCAAGGAUACGACAGCCUCGAAGAACGCCAUGGAAACAAUCAAGACCCAAGAAUUCCUCCUCGACCUGGUAACAAGGUUACUAAAAAAGGAUUAAGAAGAUUUAACAAUGAUGAGAUAUCCACCGGUAGAGGAUCGAACGAUGGGUUUAUCGUGGAAGAAACAACUCAUCCACCAGGGAAUGGCCAAAGCCAACGAAACCAACCUAAGCAUAGUAGUCGUGACACUUCCACACAGGGUACUGGAAUUUCACUUACAGGUUUUCGCGGUAUGGUUGACCGUCUUAAUUGGGGCGGGCCCUCUCCAGCAGAACAAGCGUGUGACGAACGUUUUGAUAAACUGGAAGAAAAGUACCACCAAACCAAGGAAAAGAACAAAAAGCAACAGAUAGAAAUGGAACAUCUGCACGACCAGGUCCAAGCAUUAGAGGAGUCUAACCAGAUCAUUAAGAGACGCAACGACAAGCUCCAGGGCUACGUAGACAAUAAAGAAGCAGCUAUAGGGUAUCAGGAGCCCGACGAAGCGAUCACUUCCAAGUUCCGCAGCUUGCACCAUCAGAUCAGAACAUGGGCGAAUAAGUUCUGCGUAAACAGCGACAAGCCGAUCAAGCUGGCGUUUCCCGACGAAGAGCAGUUCCGGCUUCUACAACGCGUGCUACCGAUGAUGGGCAACGUUGACGACUGGGCUACCUGUCUCUCUGAUAGCAAGCGGCGACGUAAGUUCGUCCGCGGCUGGGUAGCUCUUAAUGUCACCGAGACCAUGUUUCGAACGCUACCAUCCAAGAAUUACCAAUGGGAUUCUGGUACCGACUAUUGGAUCCCGGAACAAACUCGUCGGGGACUAGUUGAUGUUGAGCGAGCUUUGUUAAACUCAGGACAUGCCAUAACAUUGAGCAGCUUCCACCAAUGGCGCGCUGUUACGAUGGCUCUCCUCGCCAAGAAGUACCCUGACUUCACCGAGGAAGACGUCAUGAUAGAAAACGCAGCAUCCGUGCUCAAAGUAAUCAAUCCCCUGGGACACGAGCGCGAUACGACCCAGCGACUCAUCGAAAACGUAUACAAACCAGCGCUGGAACUCUCUCGCUUGCUCCGGCGCCAACGCGCUUCGUGGUCAGUACGUUUCCCAGCUACCAGACAGCAACCUGUGCCGGGCGGUAAUACCGCCGCGAUACCCACCGCUUUGAGGGCUAUCUUCGACGAUGGCGUCAUGAAGGAUAUGGAUCUAGACGAGGAGGAAAUACCGUCGUCGGAUCAAUAUUGCCAUAAAUACGUUGAGAUCAUCGUCGGUCCGGCGCUGUUCAAGAGCGGAAAUAUUGACGGAGAGCAAUAUGACAUGGAGAAUGUAAUUGAAAAGGCCGAGGUCUCCUGUGCUGCAGCCCCGAACUUGACUUCUGGGUGA